GUUCUUUUACUUUUUGUCGGCGAACAGAGCAGAUGUGAAAAUGAAGAGUUCUGAGUAAUCAGGAAAAUUCGAAUCCAAAGGCAUCGCUGGUGAAAUGUGCUAAUUCAUCCAUUUAACCAGCCGAAGUCGUGGACAAAAGUGAAAGAGUGUAGUGCUCCACCAUGUAUCUGUACAACCUGACCCUGCAGAAGGCCACCGGCGUGACCCACGCGGUCCACGGCAACUUCUCCGGCGGCAAGCAGCAGGAGGUCCUCCUGUCGCGUGGCAAGUCGCUGGAGCUACUGCGUCCGGACUCCAACACCGGCAAGGUGCACACCCUGCUCUCCACGGAGAUAUUCGGAUGCGUUCGCGCCCUGAUGGCCUUUCGACUGACGGGCGGCACUAAAGAUUACAUAGUUGUGGGCUCGGACUCGGGACGCAUCGUGAUCCUCGAGUACAAUCCCUCCAAGAAUGCUCUUGAAAAAGUGCACCAGGAGACGUUCGGAAAGUCGGGAUGUCGCAGGAUUGUGCCUGGGCAAUACUUUGCCAUCGAUCCUAAAGGAAGAGCCGUGAUGAUUGGCGCCGUGGAGAAGCAAAAGCUGGCCUACAUCAUGAACCGGGACACGCAGGCUCGCCUCACGAUCUCAUCGCCCCUGGAGGCCCACAAAUCGAAUACACUGACAUACCACAUGGUCGGCGUGGAUGUGGGCUUCGAUAAUCCCAUGUUCGCCUGCCUAGAGAUCGACUACGAAGAGGCCGACAUGGAUCCAUCGGGUGACGCCGCCCAGCGCACUCAGCAAACGCUGACUUUCUACGAGUUGGAUCUCGGCUUAAACCACGUGGUUCGCAAAUACUCGGAGCCCUUGGAAGAGCACGCCAAUUUCUUGGUAUCCGUGCCUGGGGGCAACGAUGGUCCUUCGGGCGUGCUGAUCUGCUCGGAGAACUACCUAACGUACAAGAAUCUCGGCGAUCAGCACGAUAUCCGCUGUCCCAUUCCGCGCAGGAGAAACGAUCUGGAUGAUCCCGAACGUGGUAUGAUCUUCAUCUGCUCGGCCACACAUCGCACCAAGAGCAUGUACUUCUUCCUGCUGCAGACCGAGCAGGGAGACAUCUUUAAGAUCACCCUGGAAACGGACGAUGAUGUGGUCUCCGAGAUCAAGCUAAAGUACUUCGAUACAGUGCCGCCGGCAACUGCCAUGUGCGUGCUAAAGACGGGUUUCCUGUUCGUGGCCAGCGAGUUUGGCAACCACUAUCUAUAUCAAAUCGCUCAUCUGGGUGACGACGAUGACGAGCCGGAGUUCAGUUCGGCCAUGCCUUUGGAGGAGGGUGAAACCUUCUUCUUUGCGCCACGUGCCCUAAAGAACCUGGUGCUUGUGGAUGAACUGCCCUCUUUCGCACCGAUCAUCACCUCCCAGGUGGCUGAUCUGGCCAACGAGGACACACCGCAACUGUACGUUCUUUGCGGACGAGGACCGCGUUCCACUCUGCGGGUGCUGCGCCACGGCCUCGAGGUGUCCGAGAUGGCCGUUUCCGAACUGCCUGGUAAUCCCAAUGCGGUUUGGACUGUGAAGAAACGAGCUGAUGGCGCUUAAACACAGACGGCAAUAUGUGUGAACUAUCGAAAAAGACAAGCGAUUAAAGAGAAUUUCUCUCGUUUGUGUAAUUUUAAAUUGUCUUUUGUGAAGCGAUAGACGAGUUUGAUGCCUAUAUCAUCGUGUCCUUCGUGAAUGCCACCCUGGUUUUGAGCAUUGGCGAAACCGUCGAGGAAGUCACGGACAGCGGUUUCCUGGGCACCACGCCCACGCUCUGUUGUGCCGCCCUGGGCGAUGAUGCGCUGGUUCAGGUUUACCCCGAUGGCAUUCGACAUAUCCGAUCCGACAAGCGUGUGAACGAGUGGAAGGCUCCGGGCAAGAAGUCCAUUACCAAGUGCGCCGUGAAUCAGCGCCAGGUGGUCAUCACCUUGUCGGGCAGGGAGUUGGUCUACUUCGAAAUGGAUCCGACUGGGGAGCUGAACGAGUACACGGAACGUUCCGAGAUGCCUGCUGAGAUUAUGUGCAUGGCCUUGGGAACUGUUCCGGAGGGCGAGCAGAGAUCCUGGUUCUUGGCCGUCGGCCUGGCGGAUAAUACAGUGCGCAUCUUAUCGCUGGAUCCCAACAACUGUCUCACUCCCUGCUCCAUGCAGGCCCUGCCUUCGCCAGCCGAAUCCCUUUGCCUGGUCGAAAUGGGUCACACGGAGAGCACGACUCAGGGAGGUUUGGAUGACGAUGCUCCCGCUCAGCGCAGUGGCAACAAUAAGGGAACCAUUUACCUAAACAUUGGCUUGAGCAACGGUGUCCUGCUGAGAACUGUGCUCGAUCCUGUUUCCGGAGAUUUGGCAGACACCCGAACGAGAUAUUUGGGUUCCCGACCCGUAAAGCUCUUCCGGAUCAAGAUGCAGGGAUCCGAAGCGGUGCUGGCCAUGUCCAGUCGAACCUGGCUGUCGUACUACCACCAAAAUCGAUUCCAUUUGACGCCUCUGUCUUAUGAAACCCUUGAGUAUGCUUCUGGCUUCUCGAGCGAGCAGUGCAGCGAAGGUAUCGUGGCUAUAUCCACCAACACCUUGAGGAUCUUGGCCCUGGAGAAACUGGGAGCCGUCUUCAAUCAAGUAGCGUUCCCCUUGCAGUACACUCCACGUACCUUUGUAAUCCAUCCGGAUACGGGACGCAUGCUAAUUGCCGAAACCGAUCACAACGCCUACACAGAGGAUACGAAGAGUGCCCGAAAGGAGCAAAUGGCGGAGGAGAUGCGCAGUGCAGCUGGCGAUGAGGAAAGGGAGUUGGCCCGCGAAAUGGCCAAUGCUUUCAUCAACGAAGUCCUUCCCGAGGACGUGUUUUCGUCGCCCAAAGCAGGACUGGGUCUUUGGGCCUCGCAAAUCCGUUGCCUGGACGCAAUGCAUGGUCAGACGAUGUUUAGUGUGCCGCUCACCCAAAACGAGGCCAUUAUGUCGAUGGCCAUGCUGAAGUUCUCCAUAGCGGCUGAUGGCCGGUACUACCUGGCCGUGGGAAUCGCCAAGGAUCUGCAGCUGAAUCCCAGGAUUUCGCAAGGCGGCUGCAUAGAUAUCUACAAAAUAGAUCCCACUUGCUCCAGUCUGGAAUUCAUGCACCGCACGGACAUUGACGAGAUUCCUGGAGCCCUGUGUGGCUUCCAGGGUCGUCUACUAGCUGGCUGCGGUCGAAUGUUGCGAAUCUACGAUUUCGGCAAGAAGAAAAUGCUGCGCAAAUGCGAGAACAAGCACAUUCCCUAUCAGAUUGUCAAUAUCCAAGCCAUGGGUCAUCGUGUUUACGUGUCGGAUGUUCAGGAAUCAGUAUUUUUCAUACGCUAUCGUCGCGCGGAGAACCAGCUGAUUAUAUUUGCCGAUGACACGCAUCCUCGAUGGGUGACGGCCACCACCUUGCUGGACUAUGAUACCAUAGCCAUAGCCGAUAAGUUUGGCAACCUGAGCAUUCAGCGAUUGCCCCACUCCGUAACGGACGAUGUGGACGAGGAUCCAACGGGCACCAAGUCUCUGUGGGAUCGUGGCCUGCUGUCAGGUGCUUCACAGAAGUCGGAGAACAUUUGCUCCUUCCAUGUGGGCGAGAUAAUCAUGUCGCUGCAGAAGGCAACGCUAAUUCCUGGAGGAUCGGAAGCCCUUAUAUACGCCACGCUAAGUGGCACUGUUGGAGCAUUUGUUCCGUUCACCAGUCGCGAGGACUACGACUUCUUCCAACAUCUGGAGAUGCACAUGCGCAAUGAGAAUCCUCCACUCUGUGGACGCGACCAUCUCAGCUACAGGAGCUCGUAUUAUCCGGUCAAAAACGUACUCGACGGCGAUCUCUGCGAGCAGUAUCUGUCCAUUGAGGCAGCCAAGCAGAAGAGCAUAGCUGGCGACAUGUUCCGCACUCCCAAUCAGAUCUGCAAGAAACUGGAGGAUAUUCGCACGCGAUACGCCUUCUAAGAUGCCAGCAAAGGAACACUUCAAUAUCAUGGAAACUUUUCUUUUUUAACUAGUUUUCGUGGGCAAAACCAACAAACGCUGCACCUAAAACGUUUUAAAGUUUAAUCGGAAAAUUCCAAUGACCAUUAGACCAUUACAUUAGGAACACUUUCAAGAUCUUCUUACGUUGGGGUAUGUUGUGGCGCUUAAUUCUAACUAAAUUAUACACUAGAUCGUACAUCUAUACUAACUGCACAUUAAAUCACCGAUCAACCACUAAUCGACUGCCGCAUAUUUAAACUAGCAUAUAAGUCAGUGCAAACUCGACAAAUUGCACAACCUAAAUAUAAACCCCUAAUCAUAAGCAAUUUUUAACUUAAAUAAAAGUAACUGAAAAC